AUGGAACAAAAUUUCGGAUUUGCACAGAAUCCUAGUAGCUCUUUCUUUUGUUUCAGAGAAACUAGCUUCCCUCUAUUAAGACAAAAAAAGUUUUUUUCUUGUUCAUAAUAGAGAUUAAUUUUUUUCGAUUUUUUAAAUUCGAUUUAUCCAAAGAGAAUUUUCCAAUAGUUUUGAUGUGGGGAGUAAUAACCCAGCCCAUAUUUCUGAUAAUAACAAUCCUUCUGAUACUUCCAGAAAUGAAAUUUCUUCUUCCACUUCUCAGAUGAGCCUUCCCAACACACAUUCAAAUUCCAUAGAAGAAUCUUCUAUUUUAGAAGCUAUUGAUAAAAUAAAUUCCGAUGACCAAAAGCUUCAAUAUGAAGGCUUACAAUUACUAAGAAAAGAGGUUUCUAGAGAAAAUAAUUCGCCUAUAAAUUUAAUUAUAAGAUCAGGAAUAUGUGAACGUAUUCUUGACUUAGCUUCAACUAAAUCUGAUGAUAAAUUUAUAUUUGAAGCUGUCUGAACGCUCUCAAAAAUUUUAUCAGGAACAUUUGAGCAAGCUUCCUAUUUAAUGCACUUAAACGUAAUACCAUUUUUAUUUACACUUUUUGAUAAAAAUAAUGAAGACCUUAAAGAACAAUUAAUGCGUGGUUUUGGGAACAUUGCUGCAGAUAAUAGUACAUGAAGGAAUUGAAUAAUCAACUAUGAGAUGUUUAGCUGUAUUAUUGAAUUGUGUAAUAAUGUGAAUUUUAAUAAUACAAAUUUGAUCAAAACUUAUUGUUGAGCUGUAUCCAAUUUUAUACAGGGAAACCCUCCACCAAAAACAGAAAAAGUGUUGCCUUUUGCAUCGUUUUUAUACAAAGUUAUUAUUGAAGUACAAGAUCAAGAAACACUUAUAGAGGCCUCUUUAGGGUGCUCAUACCCUACUGAACUAGACCCGAGUAUAGAGAUUUUUCAAAAAGAACUAUUUUUAAAAAAAAUAAUUAAGCAAUUAUCAAGUCGAAAAACUCUCUUAUUGAAAGCUUCUCUAAAGAUUCUUAAAAAUAUUGGUGAAGAAAUGGAUAAUGCUUUCAGUAUCCUAUUUAAACUUGGGUUUUUCAAAAAAACUGAAGGUCUGCUAUGCCACCAAAAAAAAUCUAUAAGAAGAGAAAUUUGCUGUACAUUAGCAGAUCUUACUAGUGAGUGUGAAGAAAUAAUUAGUAUAUUUUUUGAAAAUAAAAUAUAUGAAAAAUUAUUAUCAAUUAUAAAAGCAGACUGUGAGGACGUUAAAAAACAAGCAUUAUUUGUAAUAUAUGAAUCUGCUUGUGUUUGUGACGAAAAUCAAAUAAUGAAGCUAGCACAAAUAGGAAUAAUAAAAGAAUUGAUUAGCUGUAUUAAAUGAAAGAAAUGAAGACCAAUUAUUUUGGAAGCAUUGAGUUUAUUUAUAGAAAAAGUCCCAAUUAUUCUAUAG